ACACCCCCCAGGGUCACUGGGAAGCAGGCAGAGGUCAGGAUGAUGCUGGGAAGCUCCAGCCCUCCUCGGCACACCAAAGCCGAGCCCGUGCCUUUGGUCCCCAACUUGUUGCACCACAGGACGCCAAAGCCAAGCCAACGGAGCAGCCACGAGGCGAUUGCGCAACAGGCAAUGGUCUGAACGUCUCCCCAAAUUAUUGCCAGCCCUCCAAGCACAGGGAAUUGCCUGCAAUUUUCCCGGAGAUUCUCCUCGUUUCGAGAUUAAAGAAAUUCUGGAGGGGUUACGCACGUGUCGCGACGCCGAGCUCGGCAAACAUGAAAAUCGGUGACUCCGCCGACGUCAACUGGAGGGACAAAGGGUCUGAUGAGAUACCCUGGACAACUCUGGAGCUCGGGAGGGUAUAAAUACUGACCUCCGAGCCCGGAACUGUAUUCACUCCUCUCAGCCACUCAACUGCUCCCCUUGGUGAACCGGGCUCACCAACAUCAACAAAGGAUGACCUUCUACAGGGACUUCUGCGACGACGGGUGUUACUCCCAGUUUGGGUACGACGACCUCUCCGGCUUCAGAUUUGGGAGGCCCUUCAGCUACUCCUUGGACCAGUUCCGAUACGGGAGCCCCUACGGCUACAGAGGCUUUGGGAGCCUGUUUGGGAACAGGGGCUUCCUUGGCUACGGGGGCUACUACGGGUACGGGGACCUGUCCGGGUCCGGGUACGGGUCCGGGUCCGGGUACGGGUACGGGUACCCCUUCUCUCGCUUCGGGGGCAGGUUCUCCUGAAGCAGGAACAGCAACCGAGGACUGAAAUGCAGGACACGGACUCACGGCUGAUUUCUGGGGCUGAGAACGCCCAGUGCCCACCCCCUGGCUGAGUUCAGGGGGACACGUGGGUGCCAGACUGCCUGAAACUACUCCCUGUGUAACCACUCCAUGUGUAACCACUCACUCCAUGUGUAACUACUCCCUGUGUAACCACUCCAUGUGUAACUACUCCCUGUGUAACUACUCCACGUGUAACCCUCUCUAACAUCUCCUGUUUCUUCAGCUGUAGCUCCAAAGGGCAACUUGAAUUGCAGCAAGAGCUGAGGCACCUUCAGAGCAUGUUGGGGGAGUAGAGCAAGACCUUGGGUGUGAGUAAAGUGCCUUUUAGUUUUAAUUCACAAGCCCUUGGUAUUGUCAUAGUAGUAGGAGUUCCUGCAACCACUUUAACUUCACCCAAGACAGUAUCUAGUAGAGAAGCUCCUGUUCCAUGUCCGUGCUGUGCCUCAUCUGGCUGUGAACGUGACUUCCAAGCAACUCUGUGAGCAAGAAACUUGUUCUGUGCUGUCAAACUCCACCACUCCCACCAGGAAAAGCAUCACCCACCAGCAGAAACUCUCUGCUUGCUGAAGACCCUUUUGUAUCUCUGCAAACUUGUUCUUUCUGUAACUCCCUGUUUCUCAUCUUCAUUAAAAUUACUCUGUUUAGCUGCA